AUGUUCAAAGAGGAAGAAUCAACUUUUAAAGCAGAAACUGAAGGCCAGCUGCCAAAGGUUUUGGCACUGCUCGGGUCUUCUGAUAAGGGCUGUUCCCUGUUCCAAGUUGGAGCAGUGUUACCUCAACCUGAGGUUGAGGGCUUCAGGACCAAGUCUCACUGGCAUCUUUUGGGGUGCACUGUCCCUUUAGAAUCCAAUCUGUACCAAUGCUGCAAAGGAGACAUAUUUGUAUCAACUUGCUUAGCCUCAAUUGGUGCUCGACUCACCACCAUGUCCAAUCCAUCAUCAUCAACAUCCACAGGCAACAUUGACGAGACUGACAAUGUAUCAUUUCAAGUCCCUGGCUCUCUACAAGAUCUUAGCGAUGCUGGCAUCAUACCCAGCUCCUGUUUCUACGAUGGUUAUUUUGAUGAAGUUAUUAGAAGACUUCACAGCCGUUAUGAUGAGGAACUCGUUCACGUCAUAGCUGCUAAUGUAUUUGGCCUGGACCAUAUUCCCGCUCAUGAUCACUCUCUCUUGACUUCAGCAUCUGCAAUCACAGAUCUGGGGGCACCUUUUGCAGCUGAAGACGUGGAAACUCAAGGUGCUGGAGCCAAUGUCGCUCCCAACUUAGAUCUACUUUUGGUGGCAGAGUGUUUAUUCAACGGAGGUGGCAAUCUGAAAUUGGUCGGGGGGUUUAGUAGUCUUACACAUCAGUUAACUCCUGCACUUACACCUGUCACUACACCUGCACAUUCACAUGAAAGCCCUAAUAAUCAGCCAGGUCAACUUCCCGAUGAUGAUCAGCAGGUAGACGGAUCAUAUGACUUGGAUGGGGUUGGGGGACACUGGUUUGAAGGCAUCUUAGUCAACUCCCAUGAUACCAUACAAUCCCUGUUAACGUUCAGAAAUGUCACCCCUGGGUGGUACUUGGUGCAAGUUACAGCGUAUCGCCUUGCAUACCAGCAGGAACAAGUGUUGUCUCUAGAAGUCAAUUGUUUUGUCCUUGACUCAGUGUCAACCGCAUAUGGUUUCUUCCAUGAAAUUCCCACUGGAGAGGUAAAUGAUGUUGCCUUUUUGGCGCCGGCCACUGGUAUACGCUACUUCAAGAGUUGCGCAUUUUGCAACCUUCUGGACAAAAUUGUCUUUUAUCAGGAUUCAACUCAGUUCAUGGGUGUCCUGAGUUGGAACAAAGAAGCUCAAGAUUGGUUGCCGUUGAAACAAGUCACAAAGCAAACCAUAUCUGACCUGGGUGCAAUGGUACCUCUUCCUACACUCUCACUAUUAUUCAACUGA